AUGAGAGCUCGCGCACAGCUGAUGGAUCACAAGUCGAGUGUUCGGCCAAACUUGAAUGGACAUCCUUUAUCGUUUUUGUUACGUUUUGCCGCUGAGAACGGAGAUAUGCAAUUGACUCGGAGUUUUGUAAGUCUUUGAUUCGAGAGAGGCUUAAAAAUUUGGUACAAGUUACAUAAACGGCAAUACUUUUUUCUGUGUGCAUGUUUCUAUUUUACGCCCUCUGCAGCCUGAAAACGAAUUUUGGAGUCAUGCACUGUGAGAAAACAAAAGUUUACCUUGCACAGUGCGAAUGGCUUAUCAGUCUGUCGGGAAAAUCACGGCGGAUUGUCGCAGCAGAAUGUCUCGCCUCGCCGCUCUCGCGCACCAAAUCCCCAGCCGCGGCUUUCAGUCGCAGAGCGAUGAUGGGCGAUUCGGAAGCGCGACGAUCCGCCGUUAUUUUUCCGACGCCAAAAAUCACUCCACCUUUGCGAACGGACAUUGCGUUGACGGAACGGCCGCAGAGAAUCUGAAACGACAAUCAAAAAAAAAUCUUUUUGUUAGUAUGUCGGAAAAAUAAUGAGCAGAAUAUCGCAGGGUCAAUCGCGUCGCUGAAGUGAAAAAAAAAUUGAUUUUUCGCGACAUAGUCAUUUUAUCAGCGGCGAUGCGAUUUUUGAUCCGACAGAGUGCUCAUUAUUUUCCCGACAGACUAACAAGCAAAAAACUUAUUUUUAAUAACUUGUCGUUUCAGAUUCUCAGCCGCCGCUCCGUCAACGCAAUGAGGACCACAAUGGAUAAACUUUGGGUGAAAUCUCGAUACUCUGGCAUUUGUCUCGACAUGUGCACCAAAAACCUAAACUUUUCUAGCGGUGUGUCAAACUGGCUGGUCAGAACCAUCUUUGCUUGGACCAACCCCGUCAGCAUUUCGCUGAUUUUAGAGGAGUACACGGAUUUUCUCGAACAACUAUUGGGUGGUGCUAAACGUAAGUAUAUUUGAAUAUAAAACAUCAACUUUUUCAGCUACCAUCAAGCGUUUGAGGCUCGAGACUUGCAGCAACUGGCCAGAAAGGCAAAUCGCUCGAUUUCUUGGAAAAUCUGUUGACUAUCUUGAAUGCGAUCUCGAAUUUUUGGGCUUGUCUGAGCUUAUGGGAGCCAGAAUCGGAGAGCUGAAGGUGACUGAAGGAGUCUUGAAGCCUGAGUGAGUUUAAAAAUUCUGAGAUAAGAUUUGUUUUAGGGUUGUAAUGGAGAACGAUGCUUUUCGGGGCAGAGGUAAGAACGUUUUUUCGCUCACUUCGUAGUGCUCGAAGUGAGCGAUAUUGUGGUGUAGUAAAUAAAAUAAUUGUUAGGUCAAAAGUUAAUCAUUCUGUCGGGAAAAUAAUAAGCGAAAUGUGGCUACGCCGAUUGUGUCGCUAAAGAAAACAGCAGUUUGGUUUUGUUGCGACAUAAUUUAUUUUCUCCGCGGCGAUACGAUUUUCGAUGCGACAGGGUGCUCAUUAUUUUCCCGACAGGCUGAUUUCUCUAAUACAAGGAGAACACUAAAUUCAGCGAAAACUUCACCAUCCCAUUUCGAGCAUUACCCUUGACCGACAAAAGUUUUCAGACCCGUCAUUCUUAUGCAGAAAUCUGCACAAUGUCUCAGCCCGAACAAUCCAUUUCGAGAUCGUCCCGUACGACACAAUGGACCGUCCAAUUGAAGCCACAACUCACUUGGUUUUUCACGAUCCACUCUUCUUCUUUCAAAAUUACAGUCAUGCCUUUGAAAAGUUUCCAAAUCUUCAAAGCGUGGCGUUGAUUUAUUCGGAACGGCGGACCGUUGUGCACAACCUGGUGUUCGGCUUGACGAAGAUGUUUGAGGAAGGCUUCUUGGAAAAAUGGCGAGAAAAAAAUGUGACGGUGCACUUGAAGGGCACCGAUAUCCUGGAUGGAAUCCGCAAUGUGAGUCUUAACAGUCUGUCGGGAAGAUAAUGAGGAUCUGUCGCAUCGAAAGUCGCGUCGCCGCCGGAAAACUGAGCUUUUUUGCGGGAAAAUUGCAGGAAAAAUGUCAGCGACGAGAUAGGUGAAAUGACAUUGUUCUCAUUACUAGUCUGUGGGGAAAAUAAUGCGGAUUCGUCGGAGAAAAACUUAUCGCCUUGCCGUAGUCGUCCACCGAAUCCCUGGGCCUGGCUAGCGCUCGCAAAGCGAUGAUUGGCCUUUCCGAAUACACAUUAUUUUCCCGACAGACUGAUACGUGCCGAUUUCUGAAAGAACACGAGCUUUUUUACAACUAUUCGGAAGUGACCAAAAAAAUGAUUUGUUUUGAGUUUGUCGAAAAAAUAAUGGGCCCAAUGUUGCUGCGCCGCUCGCGUUGCUGAAAUGAAAGGAAUUUGCCUUUGCCGCGACACAAUUAACUUUCGAUGCGACAGAAUGCUCAUUAUUUUCCCGACAGAUUGGCAUUGCAUAUUUUUGGUCGACAGAGGCUCAUUUUGGUCUGUAAUUAGCCCUUGAGACCUCAAAAAUUGUUUGUUAUACGCAGCUUUACUUGUUCUUUGUACAUAUCUCCUAACUGCAGGGUGGGCCAAAAAAGUGGACAUUAUUUUUUCUUCGAUUUUUCGUGCCAUGAAACAGUUUGUGAAAAUCUUUUAGGAGCCAAGUUUUGUUCAGUCAGAGCUCCUCGCACGGACCAACGGUCAAGUCGCCAUAGAGCACAAUAAAAGUUUUAUUGAAUCGAUUCAUUGGAACAACUUUCGCAUAACUUUUCAAAAUGCGAAUGUUGAGGUUGAUGUCCUCCUAAAACUCCCAUGCUUCCCCGAAAUGGAUGACUUCAACAUCAGAAAUAGCUACAGGUCAUAUUAA